AUGGUCGCUGCCACUGAACUCCCCUCCUGGGCCGUCCUCCAGGAACACCACAACACUGUGGGCAAGUCCUUCGUCCUGAAAUCCGAAUUCGCCAAGGACCCCUCCCGCUUCGAGAAGUUCUCCUUCAAGUUUCCCAAUCCAGCCGACUCGACCGAGAUCCUGUUCGACUUCUCCAAGAACUUCCUAACCGAGGAGACCCUCAAGCUGCUUGUGCAGGUUGCAAAAGAUGCCAAGGUUGAGGAGCUGAGGGAUGCCAUGUUCAAAGGGGAAAAGAUCAACAAUACCGAGGGUCGCGCGGUAUUGCAUGCCGCCUUGAGGAAUACGGGAGAGGAGAAGAUAUUUGUGGAUGGUGAAGAUGUGAUGCCUGGCGUGAGGAAGGAGCUGGCGCAUAUGGAGACCUUUAGUGAGCAGAUUCGCAGUGGGGAGUGGAAAGGAUACACUGGAAAGCCGUUGACUACUAUUAUCAAUAUUGGCAUUGGUGGCUCAGAUCUCGGCCCAGUCAUGGUUACAGAAGCCCUCAAGUUCUACGGCGACCGCAAGCAAACCCUCCACUUCGUUUCCAACAUCGACGGCACUCAUAUGGCCGAGGCCCUCCGCGAUUCCAACCCCGAGACGACCCUCUUUCUCGUCGCCUCCAAGACCUUCACCACUGCCGAGACCGUCACGAACGCGAACUCGGCCAAGGAGUGGUUCUUGAAGGAGACCGACGGCAAGGGCGACAUUGCCAAGCACUUUGUUGCUCUGUCGACUAAUGAAAGCGAAGUCACCAAGUUCGGCAUUGACGCCAAGAACAUGUUUGGCUUUGAGAACUGGGUUGGUGGCCGCUACAGUGUGUGGUCGGCCAUUGGACUCAGUGUGGCUAUCCACAUUGGGUACAAGAACUUCUAUGAAUUUUUACAGGGUGCUCAUGCUAUGGACAAGCAUUUCAGAGAGACGCCUUUGGAGAAGAACAUCCCGGUUAUUGCUGGUCUGUUGAGUGUGUGGUACUCGGAUUUCUACGGCGCUCAGACUCACUUGGUUUCUCCAUUCGACCAAUACCUCCACCGCUUUCCGGCCUACCUCCAACAACUCUCCAUGGAAUCCAACGGCAAAGCUGUCUCCCGCAGCACCAAUGACUUCAUCAAGUACACCACAGGCCCCAUCCUCUUCGGCGAGCCUGCUACCAACGCCCAGCACUCCUUCUACCAACUCCUUCACCAAGGCACCAAGCUCAUCCCUACCGACUUCAUCCUCGCCGCCAACUCCCACAAUCCCAUCGACGCAAACAAGCACCAAAAGAUGCUCGCCUCGAACUUCUUCGCGCAGGCCGAGGCCCUAAUGGUCGGCAAAGACGAAGCCCAGCUCAAAGCCGAAGACACGGCCACGGCUCUCCUCAAACACAAGACUUUCCUAGGUAACAGGCCCACGACGAGCAUCCUCGCCGAUAAAAUCACGCCGGCUACGCUGGGCGCGCUGAUCGUCUAUUAUGAGCACCUGACCUUCACGGAGGGCGCGGUGUGGGACAUUAACUCCUUCGACCAGUGGGGCGUUGAGCUGGGGAAGAGCUUGGCAAAGAAGAUCCAAGGGGAGCUCGAAGAGGGGGCCGCAAAGGGGGAGCACGAUGCGUCGACUGCGGGGCUGAUUGCUGCGUUUAAGGCGAGGAGCUCGAAAAUGUGA